CACAAGACCCUUGGCUAGUAUAGAAAACAUUUCACCGUUAAUAUAUGAAAGUUCAUAUUGUGGAAUUGAGAACAUUAAAUAUAGUGAAAUUGAAAGCAAUAAUGAUUUAAGAUUUGAAAAGGAUAUAGAAGGUGAACUUGGUUUCGAACGUGAAAAGGAUACUGAAGAUGGACCUGCAAUUGAAUAUGAAAAUAAUACUGAAGAUGGACCUAGUAUUGAACCUGAAAAUGGACCUGGUAUUGGACUUGAAGAGGACAUUGAUAUUAUUAGUAAAUCAGAUGAUACCUCUAAAAAUACAGAUAAUUAUCAACAUGGGCACCUACCUCCAAUCCACAUUGAGAUCUACCAUGAAAAAACCUUUGAAACUUGGAAAGAAUAUCAGGAGACAUUAGAAUGUUACGCAUGUCAAAAUAACUUUGCAAUCAGAAAAAAAUGA